AUGGCCGAUCAAGAAUUCCAAGAAUUUCAAGAAUCUGAUAUAAUUUUUGGCGAAAAUGAUAGAGAAGACCGAUAUGAUCAAAGAGCUAGAGAUAUGUGGCACCAACAUGUGAAUUCCAAGAAGCCGAAGAGGAACAAGAAGAAGAAGAAUUCACGGCCGGUGAACAUACCGGAAAAUGCUUCUGCACCGGGGAAAAAUUCUCCGUGGUUCUACGAGAACGGAGAAUUUUAUGAGGAAGAUGAAGAUGUGAGUAUAACGCCGCCCCACGUGAUACUGGGGCGGCGGAUGAACGGGAAGAUGGCGUUCUCGGUGAACACCGGGAGUGGGAGAACAUUGAAGGGAAGGGAAUUAAGUUAUGUCCGGAAUUCAAUUCUAAGGAUGACUGGCUUUCUUGAAUCGUAA